GUCUUUAUAACUUAAUAAAGUAAUUCCACGCAAGAAUAGUGAUUAUAUCGCCAACAACGCACUUUUGUGAUAUAUAAUUUAUUGCAACUUUACGAAAAUGCCGAAGGAGAAGACUCACAUUAACUUGGUCGUUAUUGGCCACGUCGACAGUGGCAAGUCGACCACUACUGGUCACUUGAUCUACAAGCUUGGUGGUAUUGACAAGCGUACCAUUGAAAAGUUCGAGAAGGAAUCCACUGAUAUGGGUAAGGGUUCUUUCAAGUACGCCUGGGUUUUGGACAAGCUGAAGAGUGAACGUGAACGUGGUAUUACUAUUGAUAUUACCUUAUGGAAGUUCGAGACCACCAAGUACUACUACACCGUCAUUGAUGCCCCUGGUCACCGUGACUUCAUCAAGAACAUGAUUACGGGUACUUCUCAAGCCGAUGUUGCUAUGCUUGUUGUACCAGCUGAGGCUGGUGGUUUCGAGGCCGCUUUCUCCAAGGAAGGACAGACCCGUGAGCACGCUCUUUUGGCUUUCACCCUUGGUGUCAAACAGAUCAUCUGUGCCAUUAACAAGAUGGACAAGUGCGACUACAAGGAGGACCGUUACAGUGAAAUCCAGAAGGAAGUCCAGGGUUACCUCAAGAAGGUCGGUUACAAUAUUGAGAAGGUGCCCUUCGUUGCCAUCUCCGGUUUCAUGGGAGACAACAUGGUUGAGCGUUCCACCAACAUGCCCUGGUAUAAGGGAAAGACAUUGGUCGAGGCCCUUGAUCAGAUGGAACCCCCAAAGAGGCCCGUUGACAAGCCACUUCGUCUUCCCCUCCAGGGUGUCUACAAGAUCGGUGGUAUCGGUACCGUCCCCGUCGGUCGUGUUGAAACUGGUAUGUUGAAGGCUGGUAUGAUUCUAACCUUUGCUCCUAACCCAAUCACCACUGAAUGCAAAUCCGUUGAAAUGCACCACGAAACCGUUGAGGUUGCUUACCCCGGUGACAACGUCGGUUUCAACGUAAAGAACGUUUCUACUUCUGACAUUCGCAGUGGUCACGUUGCCUCUGAUUCUAAGAACGACCCUGCCAAGGCUGCUGUUUCCUUCACUGCCCAGGUCAUUGUGCUCAACCACCCUGGUACCAUUAAGGCCGGUUACUGCCCCGUCGUCGAUUGCCACACCGCUCACAUUUCAUGUAAAUUCGAAGAGAUCACCAGCCGUAUGGACAAGCGUACCGGUAAAUCUCUUGAGGAAAACCCCAAGACCAUCAAGAACGGUGACGCUGCCAUGGUUGUGCUCAAGCCAAUGAAGCCCAUGGUUGUCGAAUCCUUCACUGAGUAUGCUCCUCUUGGUCGUUUCGCUGUUCGUGACAUGAAGCAGACUGUUGCUGUGGGUGUCAUUAAGUCAGUUGAGAAGAAGGAGCCCGGUUCAUCUGCCAAGGUCACCAAGUCUGCCCAAAAGGCUGCUAAGAAGUGAAUCAAUGCGCUGUCAUGGCAUAUUAACUACAU